AUGAAAGUGAGUUUAUUGGCGUUGCUUAUUGUUGUGGCCUCAACGGCUCCUGUGAGUGGCUCUGGUCGCGGUCGAAGUCACAGCAUUACUUGGGGUUCCCGUAGCUUCCGAGACACUCAUUUGCAACGCGUGAUCAUUACGGAAAAGUCGAAGUUCCUGCGUGUCGUGACGCGUGAUUAUGUGUUCGAGCAGAAGAUACGGCCUCGGAUGAUUACACAAAUUGUCGUUACGGACCAGGUUCGAGGCGGCGAUGGAGGCUAUGCCCAACUAAAGGCUGGCGGGCCACAUGCAACCUUCGCACGAAUUCACUUCAAAAGCCAAAGAAACAAAGGCUUUAGCUUCAUAGUUGAUAUAUAUGGCAUUUAA